AUGUCCGCGGCUUUCGCAUUGCAAGGACGAGAACCCCGCUCACACGCAGAUAUUAACACGGCCCGAAAGUUUAGUUUAAGAAUCAUUGUUAUAAACCGGCAGGGCAGCGAUCCACAUCUUAUCUACCCCAAAGCUGUCACCUGGAUAAAUCCUUACCGGUCGGUGCCGCUUGUUCCAGGCUCACUCCCCUGGGAUCACCCAAUAACCAAUCUCCCACGCGACCACGAGGAAGAGCCAUGGGGCUCCUUUCUUCGCGAUGUAACACCCAGAAAGAGAGAUAUAAUCGAUUCUCCUGAAGAUGAUGGGUUCUUGGUAGCAAACUACACGGUCUUAAAGGAAGACCCAGGAAAUGACUCCAUAGCUACAGCCAAUGAGCGAAACCGGUCAAAGAGUAGGGAUAGUGCUUACCAAAAAUUUCCUGGAGUUACCCCUGAGCCCUUGGGCACUGAAAAACGCCAAUUGAAGGAAGAAUAUACAUUCCCGGACUACGAAUACAGCCUCCGAUGA